ACAUUUAGGCUAUAUCAUGUUUUAAAUUUCUAUAGCAUUGUAUAAUUAAUAAUAAUAAUAUGUCUAUAUGACUCUCAACCAUGUUUAAAUGAACCAGGGAUGAUUUUUCAAAAAUUUUAACACAUCCAAUGGAAAAGAUUUGAACAUGCAAGAUUCAGUCUCAAUGUUUCUGUCAGCAAGUGACAGUGUCAAGGUAUGGGAUGCAGAACAUAUGAGAACAUUAAGGCAGUAUAAUUGCCAUGAUUCUUCAUCUGGUUCAAACUUUAAAGAUGUUGCAUGGAAUUAUGAUAAUACUGAACUGGCAAGUGUAUCCACAACUGGAGGUAUUGUCUUGUAUGAUUGGGCAAGCAGUGGAGGAAAUAAUAAUAUAAACUAUCGAGAACUCUCUGAAAGCACUGAACAAACUUCUGUUUGUUUUGGACACACUGGCUCCUCUCUAUUUUCUGGUGGCACCACAGGGGAUAUAAAUUUAUGGAAUUGCAAAACUGGAAAGAGAGUGAAGACUUUCAAUGAGUGCCAUCAGUCACCAGUCAAACGUAUUGAUAAAAUAGCUGAAGACAAAGUAGUUUCUGCAUGUGCUGCAGGGGAAAUUAUUGUAUGGAAAAUAGAAUCUGGUUCUGUUUGUACAAAAUUAAAAGCAUCUAAACCACAGUCUGUACGUGGAUUGGAACAGUCACCGUGGGUGACAACUACAUUGGGUACCACAUCAGACGAUGGGGCUGUUCAUAUCUGGAAUACUGAAAAACAAGCGACGAAACAUGUAUUUACAUCUCAUGAUGCCCCUGCAAUGGAUUUAUCGUUUUCCCCUUUGAAUCAUUUACUACUCUCAUCGUGUGGAUUGGACAAGAAGGUUAUAUUUUAUGACAUUCAGGGUAAUAAUGUUGUUAAAACUAUAAACAGUAGUCAACCAUUGACUGCAGUAUGUUUUUUAAGUAAUGGUGUCCAUGUAUGUGCAGGAAGCUCCAUGGGAAACAUUUAUAAAUAUGAUUUAAGGAAAGCCGAAGAACCUUUAUACAGUAUUCACGCCCACUCAACCUCAAUACAAAGGCUUGUUUCACAAACAAGUAAACAAAAAUAUCUUCGAAAAAGCUCAAGGACAUCGAGAUCUAGUUCUUCUAAACAGUCUGGGCAGAAAACACAAAAAAAAGAUACACAACAAAAGGAUGAACUGAAGCCUUCAGCAUCAGAAAAAUUCAAAAGCAAUGCUAAGUCACCACAAGAUCACGCAAAGAACAGAAGAUCCUGGUCAAACAAAGUUCCUGAUAUUGAAGUUUCAUCCAAUGAGAUAAAACCGAUAAAUGGUGAUGGUAUUAUGAGUCCUACCAAUAAAAUCAUACCUGGUAGGAAUAGCCAACUUGAAAAAAAUAUAGGUCUUCAAACUCCUGCAAAUCGAAGUGUUGCAUCAAUUCGAAGAGACACUAUGGGCUCGUACUGUGAGGGAAUAUUCUCUCCUGUUGCUAGUGUGAACGAUAGCAUACAAGAUGAUGCAGCAUUCAUCCCUGCAAACCCCAGUCAAAACAAACCUCAAAGGACAAGCAGGGGGUCUUUGCUUCCAAACUCUGGUUUCAUUCAUCCUAUUACAAGAAACUCUGCUAAUCGUUUGCCUUCGGAACAAAAUGGGGAAAUAAAUAAAGCUCAUACUCCAUUCACUAGAGAAGAGGAGAGCACAGCUCGGGGUAGCAUCAGUGGACAGCUGGGCAGAGGCUCACGGAGUGAUACAAGGGUAAAUCAUUCAACUCCUCUUAUGAACAGUGCAUCAGCGAUAUCAGUUAAUGGCGCAACAGCAUCGAAUUCCUCUCUCAGUCCAACCAGCGAAAAUGCUUCUGGGAAACUCCGACCGCAGAGUGAGGAUUCCACUUUAAAUGAUUUUGUGAAUGGUGGUGCAGUCACAGAUGCGUCGUCAACACCCCAUCUACAACCAGACUAUAUUCAAUCAAAUCCUUUUCAAUAUCAGCUCGAUUUUCUACAAAACACUGUACAAGAGAUGGUGGAAGAACAUGAAGAUAACAUUCGUGAUGAACUAAGACAUUUGCAUUUGCAAUUGAUUAAAAUGUUUGCGGAACAAAAUGAGAGAAUAAGGCAACUUGCUGAGCAGUCAUCUGUAAAUCCUCUCCUAUUACAAGAAAUUGAAAGAUUGCGUAUUGAAAAUGAUAGAUUGCGAAGAAAGUAUUAAGUAUGGGGUACCUUGCUUCUGUUAUCGAAUUGAAUGACAAAACAGCCAGGUGUAAAAAAAGUAAUUCGACAAUCGACUUGUGCAAGAACCAAACCCAACUAUGAUUGGAAUUGUUUCGCCAAACUAAAAGUGUCUUUCAGAAUUCCUUCAGAGUUAUACAAUUUAUCACAAAGUUAUCCUUUUUUUUACAAAGCGUAGUGUCUGUUGUAUUCAACAUCUGACAUAUGGCAAAUCAUUGCAAAAUGCUGAUAAAAAAUGUUCUGAUUAAGUUUUUUGUCAUAUAUAUUUAUAUAAAUCAUUGGAACAUUUGAUUAAAUUCAAGUUUAAAAAAUUUAUUAUGUUAUUAUACUAAAUCGAAUUAUUCUUUUGGGGGAAUAAAUCUGUAUUUAAAUUUUGUCAAUAUGUUGCAACAGUUCACAUUUGAUGAAAGUAAAUCAGAUGAAUGUUCCCAGCUCUGUUAAAUUCCAUGCUAAUGGUUAUGGUUAAAUAAAAUUGUUUUGUGAGGAGUCUACAGACCUUUGCUUAUUUAAAAAAUAUUUACUGUUUAUACAACUUUCUAACCAUUCAUAGUUUCUCAAUUAACAAUGCCCAAUCCAAAUAACUUUUAAUCUAUACAUUAUUUGAGAAGAAUGUUAAAGUGCCUUUUGCCUCGGUUUUCUACUAGAAUUGUGUCGUGAUGCAGCUGGCUGUUCACUCUUGAUGCCAAAGUUUUGUUUAUAUGAUGCCUUGCGUAUCUCAAUGUUGAUAUUCUGUGCCUUUUGUGAAUUGAUAUCUAUAGUAGGCGUAGCGAGAUAGUUAAAGAUAUUACUCUUGCAUGCUUGCCUAGAUUUAUUUGUUACCAAAUAUAACGUUUCAAUAUAAA